AUGAGCAUCCUGCUGCCCAACAUGGCGGAGUUCGACACCAUCUCAGAACUGGAGGAGGAAGAAGAAGAAGCAGCAACGACGUCGUCGUCGCCGUCGUCGUCGUUGUCGUCGUCGUCGGUAUCUGGGCCCGAUGAGGAUGAGGAAGAUGAGGAGGAGGAAGAAGAGGAGGAAGAAGAGGAGGAGGAGGAGGUGCAACCCCCGCCUCGGGUAGUGAGCGAGGAGCAUCUGCGGAGAUAUGCCCCAGACCCUGUGUUGGUGCGCGGCGCCGGCCACAUCACUGUGUUUGGAUUAAGCAACAAAUUUGAUACGGAAUUUCCCUCAGUUCUGACAGGGAAGGUGGCUCCAGAAGAAUUCAAGACCAGCAUUGGCCGUGUGAACUCAUGUCUGAAAAAGGCUCUCCCAGUCAAUGUGAAAUGGCUGCUGUGUGGAUGUCUCUGCUGCUGCUGCACCCUGGGGUGCAGCCUGUGGCCUGUUAUUUGUCUCAACAAGAGAACCAGAAGAUCAAUUCAGAAGUUACUAGAAUGGGAAAAUAACAGAUUAUACCACAAGCUUGCUUUGCACUGGAAGUUGACUAAAAGGAAAUGUGAAACUAGCAAUAUGAUGGAAUAUGUAAUCCUAAUAGAAUUCUUACCAAAAUACCCCAUAUUCCGACCUGACUGAGGAGUUUUGUUCGGUCACUUCUGUGUUUUCUGUCAUUUCCUACCCUUAGUGCCUUGUAGAUGAUCUUGGAAUGGAGAAGUCUCCUUUGCUGUGUUCAAUUUAUUCUUUAUAACAGUAGAAUAUUCUUCUCACUCUUUUAUUUGUGUUGAUUUAAGAAGGCAAUUUGCACAUCUUUUUUGUUAUUAAAUGAGGCUUGUGUUUUGCACUCUCAAUUUUUAAAUAAAUACACACAAACAUA